AUGCCGCCGAAGACAGCCGCGUUAGCGAAGAAGGAGCACACCCUGCGAGCGUUGCAAACUCGACUCAAUUCGUUAUUGGCGAUGUUCGACGAGAUUCUCAAGUUUUCUCAGUCUAUGAAUGAGGGAACUACAGCAAUUCAGGUGUCAAUUAGGCUAGAUAAGCUAGAAGAACUGUGGGAAACUAUUAGUGAGGCUAUAGUUGAGGUAGAAGCGCAUGAAGAUUAUGCAGAUGAUGACGAUGAGUGUACGAAAGUUAGGGUGAAAUUUGUACAACGUUAUUUCGCGGUGAAAUCGGCUUUGCUGGAGAAGGCCAAGGAAGUGGAAGAUGUCCCGUUGAAUCAAUCCUGCUCUCUGGAGGCGUCGCAGUCGCAGUCUACACUGGAUCACGUCCGGCUCCCACAAAUCAAAUUACAAACUUUCAGUGGUGAUUUUGAUGAGUGGUUGAGUUUCCGGGAUCUCUACACAUCAUUAAUCCAUUGGAAAACCGACCUACCAGAUGUCGAGAAAUUUCAUUAUUUGAAGGGAUGUCUCACCGGUGAAGCAAAGGCUUUGAUAGAUCCACUGGCGAUAACCAAGGCAAACUAUCAAGUGGCAUGGGACACUUUAACGAAGCGAUACAACGACAGUAAGCUGCUAAAACGUCGUCAAGUCCAAGCUCUGUCGAAGCUACCGAUGUUGACUAAGGAGUCAGCCUCAGAGCUUCAGUCCUUACUUGAGGGUUUUGAGAGGAUCAUUCAAAAUCUAGAUCAACUUGUUCAGCCCCAAGACUACAAGGAUCUACUGUUGGUAGACAUCAUAGGUUCCCGCCUCGACCCCGUUACGCGCCGUGGCUGGGAAGAAUAUUCCGCUACGCAGCCUCAAGACUCCAUCAAGGACCUCAUCGACUUCCUCCAAAAACGGAUUAGGGUGCUAGGUUCGCUACCCUCCAAGCCAGCCAAUCUCAAGGGAGAUUCGACUACACUUUCCAAGAGUAAGAAGUUUUCCGUUCCAAGAGUAAGUCACAGUGCGGUUCAAGCAUCGGGAGGUCGAUGCGUGGCUUGCUCAGAAUCCCAUCCCCUCUACCAAUGUCCAGCGUUUCAACGUCUAACGGUUUCCGCUCGAGAUAAGAUUCUUCGCAAUCAUUCGUUGUGCAGGAACUGUUUUCGACGUGGACAUCAAGCUUCCGAGUGCUCUUCUCGCUUCGUUUGCCGGAAUUGCAAGGCGAAGCACCACACAAUGGUUUGUUUCCGGUCGGAUAAGAGCGAUGGAGCUAAAGGUAGCUCAUCGCAUAACUCGCAAGCUGAAUCGAUCAAUGCGGCAACAGUGGACCGUAGGACGAAUCCAACGACGUCCAUGGCCACAGAGGAAGUUUCCUCCAACACGGCACUCCAACGUUCUUCAUCUGUGCUGCUCGCUACUGCAAUAGUUCUCGUGCAAAACGAUAAGGGUAUCAGUUUUCCUGCACGGGCAUUGUUGGAUUCCGGAUCCGAAUGCAACUUCAUGACGGAGAGCUUGUGCCAACGGUUGAAUAUCCAACGAAGGCGUUCGGAUGUAUCCGUCCUUGGGAUAGGACAAGCCAAUACACGAGUCAAACACAAGGUUAUGACAACGAUAAAGUCACGAGUGUCCGAAUUCUCUCGUGACAUGGAAUUCCUUAUUCUGCCAAGGGUUACGGCGGACCUACCAACUACAAGUAUCCAAAGGGCAUGCUGGGAGAUUCCUGAAGGUCUGAAUUUGGCGGACCCAGCAUUUUUCAACUCAAAGACGGUGGACAUAGUUCUCGGAAUCCAAUAUUUCUUUGCAUUCUUCAAGACCGGGAACGAAAUCGAUCUGGGAAACGGACUUCCGAUGUUAACGGAAUCAGUAUUCGGCUGGGUGGUAUCUGGUUUGGUGAAUACUGAUCGUUUCAAUCCGAAAAUUUCCUGUAACAUGGCGGUUACAGAAAGUCUGGAGGAACUAUUAUCUCGCUUCUGGGCCUGCGAAGAAGUCGAAUUUCCAAGCAACAACUCUCCGACGGAAGCAAAGUGCGAGGAGUACUAUAGCGCUACUGUUCAACGCGGUCUGGAUGGUCGGUAUACAGUGUCUCUUCCGAAGGACGACAACGUUCUCGCACAGCUAGGUGAAUCAAGGGAUAUUGCCUUGCGACGUCUUCAAGGGAUAGAACGUCGAUUACUUCGGGAACCACGGCUACGAGAACAGUAUGAGCAAUUUAUGGUGGAGUAUUUGAGCCUGGGACACAUGCGCAGGGUGGAUGUAGCUUCAGACCAGGAGACAAGCAGGUGCUAUUUACCCCACCAUCCCGUCGUCAAGGAGAGCAGCACGACCACUAAGGUUAGGGUCGUAUUCGAUGCGUCAUGUAAGACGAGUACAGGUGUAUCGCUUAAUGAUGUACUACUGGUCGGACCAGUUAUCCAGGAUGAUCUGCGCGCCAUAAUUCUGCGGUCACGAACGAAGCAGAUACUCAUGGUGGCAGAUGUUGAAAAAAUGUUCCGUCAAAUAAGGAUAGAUCAGAAGGACUUACCUCUACAAAACAUCCUAUGGCGGAAGGAUUUCAACGAUCGAGCUGAAACCUACGAACUUUGCACAGUCACGUACGGCACGAAACCAGCACCAUACCUAGCGACCAGGACUCUACAGCAGCUUGCGUUAGAUGAACAUGAACGAUUUCCUAUGGCGGCAAGGGCAACUAUGGAGGAUGUCUACAUGGACGACGUGUUGACGGGCGAGGAUGAGAUCGAAACGGCGAGAGAACUACGUAUUCAGCUCGAAGAAAUGAUGGAAAGCGGCGGAUUUCACCUAAGGAAAUGGGCAUCCAACGCACCAGCGGUAUUAGAUGGUAUUGCUAACGAAAAUCUAGCAUUGGCGAAAGAGGACGGAGUGCAGCUUGAUCCAGAUCCAGCAGUGAAGACGUUGGGAUUGUACUGGUUUCCCACGACCGACAUUCUCAAAUUUCAAUUCAAGGUUACGGAGUACUGUCCUGCUGAAAUUUACACAAAACGGAAACUUUUGUCUAUGAUAGCGACCCUGUUUGACCCUCUGGGAUUGAUUGGCGCAGUUAUUGUUACGGCAAAAAUCUUCAUGCAGCGUUUGUGGUGUUGGACAGAUGAGAAUGGAAGAAAGUUAGAUUGGGAUCAACCGGUAGGGCCAAAGGAAUGUGAAGAAUGGCUAGAGCUACACCAACAAAUACCUCUGCUGAACGAAAUAAGCAUUCGCCGCAAGUUGGCAGAGUUCAUCUCUACCAGGCUGCAUGGAAAACUGUUUUGCAUCAAAGCGGACACGGCCUCGAGGAAAAAGCGAAAUGUGUUGGGCAUUAACGCACAGUACAUUCACCAAGGUGAAGUUGUAGUGCACAACCUCGCUAUGCUGGAAACUGUUGAGCGCAAUACCGCCGAACGAAUCAUGGAGGAAAUACUCAAUGUACUCGGCCGAUCCAGGGUCGAUAUCAAGCAAAUCUACGCCGUGACGACUGACAACGGAAGUAACUUUUUAAAAGCGACAAGACUCCUGCGGCUAAAUCAGAUCCAACAAGCUUCAUGUGACGACACCGCGGAUCUCAACGAUUUGAGUAUGUUUGACAACGAAGAUUCCGAUGUAGAAGACGCCGUGGAUGACUUGGACCGUAUUGUGGAUGAUGGACCAACUGUGUCGGAUUUGGAACAUGAUGAAGCCGAGGAACUAUGGGAUGAUCCCUCUUCCUUGGAAGACAUGCAAGACGACUUGCCAGUUAUCGAGGAGACCCAUCUAACUGGGGUAAGGUGUGCCGCGCACACCGUGCAGCUCUCUGUAUACGAUGUCCUUAAAUCCAAGACAAUAGCAGCCUUUUUGACAAAAACCAGAAGCCUCGUUAAAACGUUGCAACGCCAGCCUUACAUAAGCUCGUUCAAGUUGGUCAAAGACGCAAAAAUUCCCGUUCUGGAUGGAGACACCCGUUGGGGAUCAUCCUACGUUAUGGUGAACUUCGUCACCGAUCCGUUGACCGAUCACCAAUCCGUCACCGAAGCGUCCUACUUCAACAUUCCGGUCAAUCGCUUCUGUAACACCGAUUCGCCGCUGAAGUUCGUCGACAUUGCCAUCCCGUGCAACAACAAGACGCCGCACUCAACCGGUCUGAUGUGA